UGCUUAAUCAGUCAGUCAGUAUUCUGAGGUACUUACAUAGGUAGAAAUAAUUAGGCUUCGAUUACAGAAUACGUACUGCCAUGAUGAGGACAUCAGGAUUUUCACCCAUAGUUUCUUUCCUUAUUAUUGGUGUGUCCUUGUUUGCUACAUCCAGCGGAGAAGGGAAUGCUCCUCCAUUAUCAGAUUGGGAGUCUUUCAAGGCUUUCCACGGGAAAGUUUUUGCUAACUCUGAGAAUGAGAAAAUUCGCAAGAAAAUCUUUUUAAAGAAUGCCAAAGCAGUGGAAUCGCACAACAAGGCAUUUGCAGAGGGUAAAGUCUCCUACCAAAAAGAACUGAAUGCAUUCGCAGACAUCGACGGAGACUCGUUUUCUGCCAACUAUUGCGGUUACAAACCUUCAAAUGACACAAGGACUGAAACAAUGUCUUCUGCAUCGGACUUCAGUAACGUUGGACAACUUGAUACUAAUUUUGACUGGAAAGCAAAAGGAAUGGUUACACCCGUUAAGUAUCAAGGACGCUGUGGAUCUUGUUGGGCAUUUGCAGCAGUCGGUGCAAUGGAGAGUCAGAUUCUGAUCAAGGGUGAAAAUCAACAAAUCCUUAGCGAAGAACAAGUUGUAGAUUGUGAUAAAAGGUCUCACGGCUGCGACGGAGGACUACCCAUUUUGGCAUGGCGUUACAUUAAGGAAGCCGGUGGAAUAACGACAGAGGAAAAAUAUCCCUAUUCUGCAGGAAAUGGACAUGCAGGCCAGUGUCACUUCGACUUGAAUGGGGCCGUGGCGCAUGUUAGUGACUACGGAAGGAUCGAGAAGAAUGCAGACACGAUCAUGAAGGGCUUAGUGUCCAAAGGACCAUUGGCAAUCGCUCUGGAUGGACGAGAACUGCAAAUGUAUUCCAAAGGUGUGUACAGUUGCAGGAGUUCUAAUCUUAGCCAUGCCGUACUUCUGGUUGGUUAUGGGAAUGACGGUGGGAAGGAUUACUGGCUGAUUAAAAAUUCCUGGGGUAGUCGAUGGGGGGAGAAAGGUUAUGCAAAAGUUCAACGAGGUGCUGGAAAAGAUUGCGGCAUAACAAAAGAUGUGGCAUAUGUUAACAUUUAGUAGUUUGUGAAUGAAUUUUAUAUAGCAAUUAAAUGAUACAAAGUAUUUAUUAUGGUUACUGUAAAAUUAUUAAGCACUUGCGUAAACCAGUUUCCAGAAGAUGCAAGGAUUCUAACCACCGUUAUAGUUAUUGACAUGUCGAUUGUAUCUAAUUGAUCCCUAAAACUCACCUUAAUUAUUCAGAGCACCCAAAACCACAAUAAACAAGCUUUAUGAAUA